AUGACGCACCUCGACCGGAGUGAGGAGUUAGGCGCGGCGGAGGCUGGGAAGAAAGGCGUCGACCGUUCGAUGGGUCUGGAAGCUUCGCCCUCCGGGGUGACGGAGACGGCGGGACAGAAAGAGGAACAGACAGGUACAGCGUCUGGGAAGUCGUCCCCGUCUUCCUCGCCUCCUGCCGGCGAAGAGUCCCCAGGCUUCACGCCAGAGAAGAAACAGACCGAAGAAGCGCUCAAAGGAGACUCGCCAGCGGAUCUCUCCGAGAGCGAGGGGUGCAAUGAGCGCGGCAGUGAGAGCGACGAGGACGGAGAUCUAAAAAAGAAGGGUCUUGCGCUCUUUGAAAAACAGGACUUUGAAGGGGCGAUCGACUGCUGGAAGCGCGGGCUCCGCGCGGUGAACUUUGUGCUGUCCAAGGACAUCGACGACCCGGAAAAAACCAAGGAAUUCGCGCAAAUGAAAAUGUCUUACCUUUUGAACUUGUCUCUCGGCUCUCUGAAGGCGGGCCAGUUUGGGCCGUGCGUCCAUUACUGCGAUGACGUACUCGAUACCGAUCCCUUCCACCUAAAGGCACUGUUUCGCAAAGCCCAGGCUCUGCACAACCUCGGUCGUUUGGAAGACUCGCUGGCAAUGGUGGAGAGUCUGCUGGAGGCGCAUCCGAACAAUCCCGCGGCGCUGGCUCUGGAGCAGAAGCUCAAGCGUGAAUUGCAUGCGUACCGGAAGAAGGAGCGACAGAUGGCCAGAACGAUGCUGGAGCACAUCGACGCAGAUCCGCGUUCCGCUGCGAGUGCUACUCAGGCCCCGGACGGUGAAACCUCGGGCUUCCUCAGUCGGAUGAAGGCGGCAUUGGGCUUUUCCAAAGAGUCCGCUCGCGCGGAUUUCGGGCGGCUCCAAGCUGCCGAAGGAUCCCGUUCGUCCCCGCCGUCCUUCCCGUUUUCGCCUCCCUUCGCUUUCCCGCCCAACGCGUCUCCCGACGCCCGUCAGUUCGGAGCUGGCGGACAGGGCAACAAUCCGCUGGCGUCGCUUUUCGGGAGUCCGCCGCACUUUGGUGCCCCGGGGCAUCCAGACGCCCAGCGCCUCUCGCAGGAUAUGCGCGACCUGCAGCGGCUGAUGGAGCUGAAUCAGCGCCUGAUGGAGAGUGGGGACGACGCGGGAUUCUUCGAAAAGGUGCGCCUAGCGUGGGCUUUCUGCUGCUUCGCGGGCCGCGCCCUACUCCAGCGCACCUGGGACGCGUGCAAACGGAGGUGCCGAGACAGCUGCAGCCGACGGAAACUGCCUCCGCAGCCGUACUACACAGUGUCGCCUCUCAGGCAGGCCGCCGGAACUCCGGGCAGCCAGGAAGCGCCGGAGGCUUUCCAGGACCGAACGGGCCGGGGGAAGCCAGACAACGGAUUCAGUUCGUUUGCUGCAUGCGCAGGCCGAGAAACCGGGCCUCAAGUUCCGCGGUUCGAGGAGGUGGACGAAGGAACGGGAGUGUGUGAGAGGACGAGGAGUGCACGAGAGACAGAGGCAGUUGUGCUACCUGCAGGGGGCGACAGAAAAGGGGGAAGUGAAUACACCCAAACACGACGCCGACGUGGCCAUGUGUGA